AUGAGCCAGAGUGUUGGGUUUGAAUGGGGAUUUCGCCCCAGUGUUUCUUCUGGUGAGAAUUUGAACAUGGGUCAAGAACAGACGAGCUCUACUGAGAGCAAUGACAUCAGUAACGACCAUGAGCGCGCUCAUGGUCAUAUUCAGAGUAGUCAGCAUAGACUUACGCAUGGAACGUCUUCACGUCGUAUUUCAAAGCCUAGAAUCAAGAGACGUUACACAGAAGAAGACGUUUCGAUGAAUGGGCCUGUGUCUCAAGUUGUGCAACGGGUCAGUAAAAAGAAACCGGUGUACCGGAACUAUAUCCAAGGACAGCCACUUCCGUUCCCGAGAUCUGUAGAAUUGAUGGAUAAACAGUUACUGCAGUCUGUCUUACUUUCGUUGGUAAGGGAACAUCCAGAGAUUCAGCAUUCGCUGUUUUCCAAGGUACAAUCUAUAAGUUUCAACAAGGAACAGUACGUCAAGGUAUUGAAGGAGAAAUUGACUCAGGUGUAUGAGGAUAUUCCGUAUUCCAAGUAUAAUCAAAGCUCGGAUGGUUUGUUAAACGAUUAUGCUUUUGGCCGUAUGAAGGCUUCAAUCAUGGAAUUUUUAAACUGUGUCAUCGAUUUCCUAUUGUCUAGCAUCCCUCCACAAUCGGAUAGUGUGUUACAAUCAUUGAAGUUCUUGAACUGUUCUACAGAUUUUUUGAACCAAUUGCCUGAUUUCGAGACAGCUUCGAAUAAUUACUACAAGAAUAUGUGUUUUGAACAAAUAUCUGAGAUUUGGUGCAGUUGUAUACAAUUCGCAUCCACAGAUUUAUCCUUUAUGUCCGUGGUUUCCAACUUAGAAGAUUGGGAGUCUGUAUUGCAUACGUUGAAUGGAAGAUCGAACAAUAGACUACAGAAACCAUUGGAACUGAUAGGGACUAUCAAGAACUCGGCCGCUAUGAUGUCACAGGACAGAAACGGUCACCCGCUGUCUCAAACACAACCGUCCACUGUUGGGUUCUUAAACAUUAGCAGCUGA